GCCGUGGCGUAGGAUUAAGGAAUCAAGAUCGCAAUGGCUGCUCCACCUGCUAGGGCACGGGCUGAUUACGAUUACCUCAUCAAGCUUCUCCUGAUCGGCGACAGCGGCACUAAUGCUAUAUCACCAUUAAAGCUGUGCCUGGAUAAGUGCCUGCAGAUAGGAAGCUCGGGUCAUUUGUUUAUGCAACUGAAGAUAUAUGUUUGGGUUCAAGUGGACAACAAAGACUUCUCUCGGCAUAUAAGCUUAGAGUUGUAGCGAUUGGCACUUCUAAUAUGGAGGUUUCCAUGCUUUGGUAUCAACAUUCUUCUAUAGGUGUCGGUAAGAGUUGCCUCCUUUUGCGGUUUUCUGAUGGUUCCUUCACUACAAGCUUCAUUACUACCAUCGGUAUUGAUUUUAAGAUAAGGACUAUUGAGCUAGAUGGCAAGCGGAUUAAACUGCAAAUUUGGGAUACGGCUGGUCAGGAGCGCUUUCGAACUAUAACAACUGCUUACUAUCGAGGUGCCAUGGGUAUCUUGCUUGUUUAUGAUGUCACUGAUGAGUCAUCUUUUAACAACAUAAGGAAUUGGAUUCGCAACAUCGAACAACAUGCAUCUGAUAAUGUCAACAAGAUUCUUGUGGGCAACAAGGCUGACAUGGAUGAGAGCAAAAGAGCUGUGCCAACUGCAAAGGGACAAGCACUUGCUGAUGAGUAUGGAAUUAAGUUCUUUGAAACUAGUGCAAAGACAAAUCUAAAUGUGGAACAGGUCUUCUUUUCGAUAGCUAGAGAUAUCAAGCAAAGACUUGCAGAAACCGAUAACAAACCUGAGGAUCGGACAAUCAAGAUUAACAAACCAGAUCAGGCAGCUGCUGAGGGUACUGCAGCAUCAAGAUCAGCAUGCUGUGGAUCUUGAGAGAAUGAUGGGGGUUGUGUGGGAUGGUUUGGGUGUAGUAGUCGUAACUAAUUUGCUUGUCAUAGGUAGUGAUGCUAUGAUUAUAAUGGAGACACGGCGCGUGCUUGUGAUUUUAAUCCUUAUAAUUUUCGCUGACAUUGGGUCUUAGACGGGUGAACUAAUCCGACAAUUCUUUCUCGCUUUGGGAUUGCGAACUUGCGAUUCCUAUUCUAUUGUCUUUUUGAAAUCAGUGUUGGAUUGAAUGCUUUACCAUCUUUCUGUCACAUCAGCGUGCCAGAUUUUGUC